GUGCGUGCUGCCUUCACGGACCUUGACUCGGUUGGAACUUUCAGGUUUCUGUUCCCUCAAACUUCCCUCUGGAGCGUUCAGGAGGGUUAUUGUCGGCUAACGGGCAGUUAACGGGCUGCUGUCGGCCUCCGGUGGUCACGCGGUGUAACGGUAGCUCGCUGUGGCCGCGCUGCGCGGAGCUAAAGGCGGACAUCCAGGCGGAGUUCACCCGCAGCGGCAGCCGUGCGAUGGCCCUGCUGCUGCCAGCCUGAGGUCCGUCAGCAUGGGGGACAACGACCAGGUCAACGGCGACCUGAACGCCAACAUGAGGUGCCAGAGCACCGGCGACCCGCAGCUGGACAAGGCGGUGCACCAGUGGCUAACCUGGGACCGGAACCGCUGGACUCGGGCUCAGCUGGACGCUCUGAUGGCUGCAGGUCACCUGGACGAGCUCAGGUCCAGAUUCUGCAGCAGGAUGAGCUUCGGUACCGCCGGACUCAGAGCGCCGAUGGGAGCCGGAUUCAACCGGAUCAACGACCUCACCGUCAUCCAGUCCACACAGGGUUUGUAUUCUCACCUGUGCAGGUAUUUUCCAGACGUCAGCAGCAGAGGUUUGGUCGUUGGUUUCGACACCAGAGGACAGGAGGAGAGCGGCUGCAGCAGUGAGCGUUUGGCAAAGCUGACAGCGGCCGUGAUGCUCAGCAGAGAAGUUCCCGUUCAUCUUUUCUCCUCGUUUGUCCCGACGCCGUACGUGCCUUACGCUGUGAAGAAGCUGGGAGCAGCAGCCGGAGUGAUGAUCACUGCUUCUCAUAAUCCUAAAGAAGACAACGGAUACAAGGUGUACUGGUCGAACGGCGCUCAGAUCGCCUCACCUCAUGACAAGGAGAUUCUUCGCAGCAUCGAGGAGGAGCUGGAGCCCUGGAGCGCCUCCUGCUGGGACCAGGAUCUGGUGGACCACAGCUCCCUGAGGACCGACCCCCUGACCCAGAUCAACAGCUGCUACAUGGACGAACUCUCCUCCCUCUGCUUCCACAGGGAACUGAACAGCAGCUGUCCGUUGAAGUUUGUCCACUCGUCCUUCCAUGGCGUCGGACACGUCUUCGUCCAGGAGGCCUUCCAGGUGUUUGGCUUCGUUCCUCCCAUCCCCGUCCCCGAGCAGAAAGAUCCUGACCCCAACUUCUCCUCCGUACGCUGCCCAAACCCCGAGGAGGGAGAGUCCGUCCUGGAGCUUUCUCUUCUUCUGGCAGAGAAGGAGAACGCUCGGAUUGUUCUGGCGACGGAUCCUGAUGCCGACCGUCUGGCCGUGGCAGAGAAGUCUGACGGGUGUGGUUGGAAGGUGUUCACAGGAAACGAGCUGGCAGCACUGCUGGGCUGGUGGAUGUUCUUUAACUGGAAGGAGAGUCAUCACGAGCCGGCGGACACUCAGAACGUUUACAUGUUGGCGACCACCGUCUCCUCCAAGAUCCUUCAGGCCUUCGCUCGGAUCGAGGGCUUCCACUUCGAGGAAACUUUCCCUGGGUUUAAUGGAUCGGGAACAAAUCCACGAACUCUCCAAAACAGGACACAGGUCAUAUUUGCAUUUGAGGAGUCAAUUGGUUUUCUUUGCGGCAACAUUCCAGGAAAAGACGGCGUCAGCUCAGCGGUGGUCGUGGCUGAAGAUGGCGCUUACUUCAGUAAAAAAAAUUUGCAGAAUUUUCAGUAUUUUCACCCUCUGUUUGUUACUUCUGUCUCCAGGUACGGUUACCACGUCUCAUAAACCUCCUACGUCGUCUGCAACGACUCCGACCAUCCAGAAAUCUUCAGUCGCAUCAGAAACUUUGAUGGUGACGGUUCUUACCCAAAGACGUGCGGCGGCGUCCAGAUUGUCCACGUUAGAGACGUUACUACGGGAUACGACAGCAGCCGAGCCGACCUCAGAUCUGUUCUUCCCGUGUUGAGGAGCAGUCAGAUGAUCACCUUCACUCUGCAGAACGGCGUCGUGGCGACGCUAAGGACAAGCGGCACCGAACCAAAGAUUAAAUACUACACCGAGUUCUGCGCCGCGCCGGGGAAAAGUGAGGUCUGUCGGCUGGAGGAGGAGCUUCGGAAUAUCACGGCCGCUCUGCUGGACGAGUUCCUGGAACCCGAGAAGAACAACCUGAUUCGCCGCCUCGUAUAAGCCCCGCCUCCUCGUACCUGCUUCCUGUCAGUCACAUCACAUCCUGUCGUGUCUGUAGACGAAUUAGAGCAGCCACUUCACUCCGGAGUCAGACUGAAGAACUGGUCCAUUUAAAGAUCAUCAGUAGAUUCAGUGGUCAGAUUCAGUCUGAGCUUCCUGAAUAUUCGCCACCGCGCAGCAGAGCAUGAUGGGAAAACUGUGACGUCCGACCAAAGAGUGAAUCUUCAGUUUCAGGGAGCGUUCAAGAAGAAAUGAACUAAAUGAACGGCUGGAAUUACAAAAGACUUCAGAUAAACUAGUUUAUAUGGAAUUAUAUGGAAGUCCAUUAACGACAAAAAAACAGGCACAAAACAAAUCAAAGUGUUUCAGUAUGGCAGCCUGAUGGUGUCAAAAUAACACCAAAAAAAAAGGGAAAAAGCUUUUAAUUUCUUCUAAAACUGCAAACCAAAUUAUUCUAUUUCCUUUCUUUAUCUUAAGUUUUUUAAAAAAGAAAAUACAAACAAAAAGCAGCAACACUCAGCUAAUUAUUGAUUAGCUGGUUGACAGAAAAAUGAAUGCGCAAACGUUUUAAGAAUGUAGUUAUUUUUAAAGAAUAAAAUGCUGGUUUGAGGUGGUUCUUUUGUUACAAACUGCUGUAAAUUUAAUCGACAACACCUCAGAUUUAAUGUUUGACUUUUUCUGAUGUUUAUAAAAGAUAAAUUAAUAAUUAGUUGAAGCCCUAAAGAAAUCACGUCAAAAAAGUCUACGAAAUACGACGAAAUUAUUCUGUUUUUACAAGCUUUGGUUUAAACACAAAAUACACUUCAUCAAAACGCUGGUUUGUAGCGAAGAAAAAUGUUUUGCUGCAACGAUGUCGAUUGUUUUGUGGCAACACAGUAAAUAAUUUGGUUUGUAGUCACAGAAAUAAACUAAAAAUCCAAAAAGAUCAGAAUCAGAAGCUGUGUCUACAGACUAAAACUAAAUAAAGGUAAAAAAAGAAUUGUCGCGCGUGUUAAAGUGAACAUUGGCUCUCAAAAAGCGUUUUCACUUCCUCAAGAAUCCUCAGUAGCAAAAGAAGACGUUGAUUUAAACUAUUCACGUUCUUUUCCUUCAUUAAACACUAAAAAAAUUAAAUAAAACAAGUGAAGACGCAUCAGUGAAACACGUGUUUUAUCCAGUUUGAAAUCACUAAAACGUUAAGCAUUCUGUUUUCACAUUAAACUGAGAAUUAGGUGGAUUGUCUGAAUGGAGCUCUCUGAUUGGAUGAUUCUUACAGCAGUGCACUCUGGGACUUGUAGUUCUCCUGAAGUUAUUAAUGGACUGCUGAAACAGUUUGUGUUGAUCAUCUCAGGUAGGAAUAUUUUCUGGUUAAAUACAUAAAAACGAUCAAAUUAGAGCUGAAAACAGAAAACAAAUAAUAAAUAUUUGUUUCAAGGGUUUUUUCAAGCAAGAAUCCUGAAUAAUUUCUGUUUGUCGUUUCUGAAAUGAUGGUGAAGCGAAUCCCUGUGGAUUUUGGUCAUUUUUUGACCAAAUAUUUGUUUAAUUUAAACCAGAACCGAUUAAUUGGUAACAAAAUCAGCCCUGAGUUUGCAAGCUAGAAAUCGUAUAAUCUUGCCCUCACUGGCUGUUUCAAUAAUUAGAAAAAAAACUUUUGCAUUUCUCAAAUGGGACAGUUUUCUUUUAUUAUCUUAAUCUAAAUUUAACAUUUUAGGUUUUUGAGUGCUGUUUGGACUAAUUCAGAACAUCUUCUGACGUUUAUGGACCACACAAUCAUUGAGAAAACUUUUUCAGAGAUUUGCUUCAAAGCAGAAAUGCUGAAUAAUUUAUUUUUACAGCUUUUUAUGCAACAUGUUUUUUUUGUGGUCCUUUGUCAUAGAAAAGUGUUUUUUUGUGGACAAACAAUUGUCAAACUAAAAUACAAUAGCUUAACUUUAAAGUUUACGAGUUAGUUGCUGUUAUAAAUCGCUUCUUUCAGGCUUCAGUUGUUUUCACACAAAACCCGCCGGCGGGUUUGCAAGGCAAGUUAUCUUUAAAAAAAAAAAAUCACAAAAAUUACAGAAUUUAUCAGAAAGAAUUGUUCGGUUUGAUGGUCCCUGAACUAUAGAUUUGAGACGUGUCGUUUUGUUGGAAGAAAUGCGACAUUUCAUCAAAUUCUCAUUUAAAAAUUUAUCAAAAAUAAACUGUUUAUUUAAACCAGAUUCUGUAAAAUCCAAAUUAUUCUGCAGUCCUCAGAGAAACGGUGAAGCGAUCAGUAACUCAGCUCCGACCGACGGUCAUGUGACAAAAAUUCAGGGAUAUUUCAGCUGAACUGCAGGCUGUGUAGUUUUUAUAAUUAUCUAUCGUAUGUAGUAGCACCAACACCUGUGGACUAAAUAUUAUAGAUGAAUGUUCUUCCUGUUGAUUCUAGUUUUGUUUUCAUUUCUGUAAAAUAGAUAUUCAAAGAAAUUCCUGGUGUUUCCAAGGAGGUGCAGGACUUUGAAAAAUGUCUCAGACCUGCUGGGAGUGAAUCAGAUUCUGUCGCUUCUGUCAUUGCUGGACUUCCGUACGUGGAGGAAAACGUCCCUUUAACCAAACGGAGUUCAUGACCGUUUCUUUCUUUGUGUUUUGAUGUUCAGACGAAUGCUGCAUGAAAGUUAUUUAUUUUUCUACUCGGAGAGCUGAGAGAAGUCUGUGGAGGAGGAGCUGCUGUUUCUGGUGUCUCAUGUUGUUGUUGUUAAAGAAUCACCUGACUCCAUGCAUUUCCUUAAAGAAGCAUUUUUUUUUUUGCCUUUGGUUUGGUUUUGUGAGCAGACGACAGAGUGAGACCUCCGUCUGUGAAGUUUCAGUGUUAAAAAUACAAACUGCUGAUGAUGUGGUUCUUCAAAGAUGUGAAAUAAAACAGAAGAAAACUUGAGAA